CCCUAGUUGGCUGAAUUGAACGAGUUUAAGUGUGCUUUGCAGGCCUCUUUUUCCCCGUCCUAUGUUACUCAGCAUUUGAUGCUUCUGAAUCUUUAGAUUCGACUUUUUGCAGUUUGAUUAUUUGGGGAAAUUUCUUGGCAAAGGAAUUUUUAAAGGUCUGUUUUUGGGUGGAGGAAGAGAGUGGAAAACGAAGAUGGUGUUUGGGCAAGUUGUAAUCGGUCCGCCUGGUUCGGGAAAGACUACCUACUGUAAUGGCAUGUCUCAGUUCUUGCAGCUUAUCGGAAGAAAGGUUGCUGUCAUCAACUUGGAUCCUGCUAAUGACUCAUUGCCCUACGAAUGUGCUGUAAACAUUGAGGAUCUGAUCAAGCUAAGUGAUGUGAUGAUGGAACACUCUCUUGGUCCUAAUGGAGGCUUGGUUUAUUGCAUGGAUUAUCUGGAGAAAAAUAUAGAUUGGUUGCAAGGUAGAUUGGCACCCCUUUUGCGAGAUCACUAUCUCCUAUUCGACUUUCCAGGACAAGUUGAAUUAUUUUCCCUACACUCCAAUGCCAAGAAUGUUAUAAUGAAACUCAUCAAGAAUUUGAAUCUGAGGUUGACUGCAGUGCAUUUAGUUGAUGCUCAUCUUUGCAGUGACCCUGGAAAGUAUGUUAGUGCACUGCUGCUCUCUUUAUCAACCAUGUUGCAUCUGGAGCUCCCACAUGUUAAUGUCUUAUCUAAGAUCGAUUUAAUUGAGAACUAUGGAAGGCUAGCUUUUAAUCUUGACUUCUAUACGGAUGUGCAAGAUUUAUCAUACCUACAACAUCAUCUUGACCAAGAUCCUCGCUCUGCCAAGUACAGAAAGCUCACUAAGGAGCUUUGCGAUGUAGUUGAAGAUUUUGGUUUAGUCAAUUUUACUACCUUAGAUAUCCAGGAUAAAGAGAGUGUAGGAAAUCUAGUUAAGCUAUUAGACAAGAGCAAUGGUUACAUUUUUGCUGGUAUGGAAGCAAGUGCAGCUGAAUUCAGCAAGAUUGCAGUUGGUGCUACGGAUUGGGAUUAUUACAGAGUUGCGGCAGUGCAAGAGAAGUACAUGGAUGAUGAAAAUCUCAAGUUCAAUGACUGAUGACUAAGAUUAACAUAAAUAUUCUGCUGAGAAAGUGCUUGUACUGGUGAACCAGUCACAUCCUCCUUUACGCGAAUUGAUUGCACAUAAAUUCCCAAUGGUGAUCGUUGAACAGUAGCAAUGUCCAGUGUCUUAUCUUCUGUUCUGUGCAGCAGCUAUGUUCUUCUCACUAUACUACCUGGAUUGUCAUGUGGGUCCUCUAAAUGACAGGCUGAUAAGAUGUUGAGAGAAUCAAAAGUAUGCAAAUUCCUUGCCCUUUUGUAGUUCUAGGAUGUGAUUUAAACUAUCUAUCUAGUUAUUUAAUGAGUAUGACUGUUGUGCCUACACGGUGGCGAGUUGAUUUAUGAUUCUUCUGCUCUUUUUGCCUUCUAUUGCCUUAUACUUCAACAGUAAAUGACUGUUGUGCCUACAUUGAUUGAUGCAUUAGCAAUGCCGUGUAAACCAUGCAUCUUCUUAUUUAACUUCAUUAUGCAGUUCGUGUUUUAUUG